AGUAGUUAAGUGCAACGAGGAAAUCUCAAUGAUCGUUGGAUUAUUUUGUGUCGCGUGUGAUUUCUGCGAUUUAAGUUGGACACAAACUCGAGAAAUUGCAUUGACCGUCCGAAAAGUAUUUCAUCGAGGAGAGAAUGUCUCGAAGCUUCUUAGUGGACUCUUUAAUCGGCAACAAUUCACCGCCUUCGUACCCGUUGCCGUAUUAUGGGAAUCAACUUCCUAAUUAUAUGUUCAAUUUUUUCAAUUUGGGCUUGGGCUAUCAACCGAUUAGACCGGUGCCCAGACCACCCAAUAUGCCUGUGUCCAUCAAUCCACCAACGUUGGGUGUUUUGCCAAUAUCUGGACAGAGUCCACCAUCGCCUUUGAAUACCUCAACGAGUAGACUAUCAGAUAUUUCAGCGCCUAACGAAUCUCCAUCCCGCAACAGCACUCCGACGCCUCCGCCGAAAUCUCCGAGUUCCAUCAACAACAGCUCUAAACGUAUUCGGACCGCGUUCACCAGCACUCAACUAUUGGAGUUAGAACGCGAGUUCGCCUCAAACAUGUACCUGUCGCGGUUGCGUCGCAUCGAGAUCGCAACCAAUCUGCGACUGUCGGAAAAGCAGGUGAAAAUCUGGUUUCAAAACCGCCGGGUAAAAUACAAAAAGGAGGAUUUACCAUCUGGUCAGAAUCAGAAAUGUUGUUGUCUGAGGACCUGCGGUAAACGAAAGGAUAGCUGCGGAGAAGAAUCUCCUGGGAGGAAAUGCGACCAGGAAGAGGACGAAAAGAGGUCUCCGAAGAGCGAGACCGGCGACGGCAAAUCCAUUGGUAGAUUCGUCGAAACCGAACGUCUCGAGCGAUCAAUCUCGAAUGAAGAUGCCUGCUUCGAGGCAAAGUUCGAAUUCUCGAGAAUAAACUCCGUGCAAGAUCAGGCAAUAGGAUACGAGAUACGGGAUCUCUCUCGAGGUUGCAAGAGGAAUCUGUCAGACGCGGGUGAACGGGAUGAAAGAAGGAAGAUGGAAGCGGUGGCAGAUUAUCAGACUUCGAAUCCAGAAGCAAUUACAACUCCGAUGUUCAGGAAUAUAGAAUGCACGAAGCACACCGUCGAGAGAAUCGUUAACUCAUAGAUCCCGAAGUCUGUGUAUAAGUUUCGAAACUUAUAUUAUGUAAUGUAUAAUGCAAUAAAUUCAAACUCUAUCGACGGUUUCGCAAGUAGAUAAAUCAAUAUUUAAAACUAUAAGUAAGCGUUCCGAGA